AGUUACUCCCGGCUGCCCAGGGCUCUGACACGGGCUGAGACUCCCUUUUGACCCAAAUGACAAGAGCCACCGGGGCUGGAUCAUUGGCAAAUUCUUACCUUUCCCCUUCACUGCAAAUAAGAUCAGAUCGCAUUUCUUUCGAGUUUCCUCCACUCCCCGCCUCCCUGAUCUCUUUAAAAGAGGAAGUAGAGAAGAUAAAUGUACUCUUCAUCACCUGAAAAGGAAGACAAAACGGCUUCAACUCCGCUUUGAAUAAAAUCUUUCCAAGAACUUUCUUCAGAGAUUUUCCUAAUUGACUUACAACAUGAAGAAAGAACACAUUCUUUGGACUUCUAUAUGUCUGCUACUUGCUGUUGUCCCUGCCCGUGUUGACUCAGCAGUUGAGGAAGAUAAAGAAUUUACAAAUACUACAGAUAUGAAAUUGCCACCACUGAAGCCAGUGCAGACAUUUUGUGCAAUGAAGGUUGAUGAUGGCCCCUGCAGAGCAUUCAUAAAGAGAUACUUUUUCAAUAUUCUCACUCACCAGUGUGAAGAAUUUAUAUAUGGAGGAUGUGAAGGGAAUGAGAAUCGAUUUGUCAGUCUGGAAGAAUGCGAAGAAAACUGUGUAAGAGAUCAUUCAAAGAUGACUACAAAACUGACAUUGCAAAAAGGAAAGCCAGAUUUCUGCUUUUUGGAAGAAGAUCCUGGUAUCUGUCGGGGUUAUAUUACCAGGUAUUUUUACAACAAUCAGUCCAAACAGUGUGAACGUUUCAAGUACGGUGGGUGCCUUGGCAAUCUGAACAACUUUGAGUCAUUGGAAGAAUGCAAGAGCACCUGUGAGGAUCCAGAUAACACAGCUCAAAGAAAUGAAAUCAGUGCUGUGAAUGACACAUUGGCCCCCCAGCCAACCAAGGCUUCCAGACUUUGGGAAUUUCAUGGCCCUUCAUGGUGUCUCUCUCCAGCAGACCCAGGCCAGUGUCAAGCCAAUGAGAUCAGAUUCUACUACAACGCAAACACUGGGAGAUGCCGCCCAUUUAAGUACAGUGGAUGUGGGGGAAAUGAAAAUAAUUUCACUUCUAAAAAAGCAUGUUUUACAAAUUGUAAAAAAGGUUUCAUCCGAAGAUUAUCAAAAGGGGGGUUAAUUAAGACCAAAAGGAAGAGAAAGAAGCAGUCAAGAAAAACAGUUCAUGAAGAAGUUUUUAUUAACAAGACAUAGAUCCGUUUUACUGGAAAAUUCUAUUUACACUUUUCUUAAGAAUGUUUCACUCUGAUUUCUAUGUUUUCAUCUGCUAUAUUUUAAUUAGUAUGAUUCUGAAAUAAUUUUUUAGGUUUAUUUCACUGAUAUUAUUUACAUCAGAGUUCCUUAUAUAAUCUGGCCAUAUUUCCUAUUUUAGGAUUAUAAUUAAAUGGAUACUGUAAUUUUACUUUUUCAUUGACCCCUUUCUACUUUCUGUUUAACAAUAAAAUUAUCCUCCUGCUGACCACAUCAAAUCUAGAUUUUCAUAUCUGUCCUUCUGGUGACCAUCUAUUUGACUAUCUGUAUUUAUAUAUUUAUUAUGUCUGUAUGUAUGAUGGUCUUCUUUAUAGUAUGUCAUCGCAUUAAGAGAUACAGCUUUAAAGAGCAAGCAAUGUUGGGUUUUCACAUCUAAAAUCUAGUGAAUAGCCGUUUCUGAUAAAAAAAAUAAUUCAUUUGUGCUUUUGGAAAGAACUGGUAACAAAAUUUAUAACCUCCUUCAAUCCAAUUUGUCGUUUUAACAAACACAAAUCAAUUCUGAGCACAUGCAUCACUGAUUUUUGUUAGCUAAGCUUUUCUCUUUGUUUAAUUAUAGUUGAAUCACUAUGUAUUAAACACAGUUCAUGAAAAAGAAGAAACUUUAUGGUAAAGAAAGGUAUUUAAUGGAAGUCAAAAGGAAACUUACGUUAUUUGAUAAAAUGCUUUAACAUCUCGCGAAGUGUAUGGAUCUUUCAUUAGGCUUUACUUACAAUGUAAUUAGUAAUUUGCACUCAAAAAGUAAAGCAAUUUCUGAAGAAAAUAACAUUAAAUAUAAGGAUACAAAUUUGCUCAGCAUUCUCUCAGUUAGCUUUAGCAAACAUUUCUCUUUAGUUGCAUUGCUGUGUCCAGAGCUAUGUUUUCUGUUAAGCAGGCACAGCCAGAUAUUCCAACAGCCUUCAGGCAUUCCAGUUUCUGUAAGGCUCACAUUGUCUCACAUACGAACCUGAACUUGACAUCCAGAAACAACAAACCACCUCACCCAUACUCUAGCUUCAUGCCUUCUCAUAGAAAUGUCACUUUGAUUCUUUUUGUUUUUCACUCCUGAAAGUUUGAGCUCACAUUGAAUUUCUUGUUUCACUUCAUAUAUUCUUUCUAAUUAGGCACCAAAUCUUGCUUGUUCAUCCAGGCUCUGGGGUUUUUAGUCUCUGUCAAAUCCUCAAAAAUUUCAUGUAUUUCUCUACCACAUAAAAUCUUCCAAGAAGUGUGGCUAGUUGGUCCAUAAGCCCAAUUCCAUAUUGCCACAAUUGAAUUUUGAUUAUGGCUAUAGUUUUGAAUCUAUCUACAAUACUUUUUCAUGACUUCUUCCAUUUCAUAAAAGUAUUUCCUCUUCAUGGAUUCUGUUUUUAACCUCUAUUAUUUACUCAUGCUGCUUUCCAAUUUGAGAAUCUGACUCCUUUUAUGCUAUCUGAAGUUAAGAUCCGACUCAUGUCCACUUUAAAAGCAUCACUCCAUUUUAACUUGGGAUAUUAAAAGUCAAAGCAUGAAAUUAUGAAACAUUUCCAUCCUGUGGCCUAGAAAUUAUGUAAUUAAAUAUGGUUUCAAAAUAUCCAACUUGAGGAAAGUCUUACAACUUAAUUUCAAAAAUUCAGUGUGUGAAUACUUAAUCUCUGUUGUGAAAAAAAGCUCUGAUGAAAUAUGUUCACUUGCAUGUAUCCUUCGAAAGCUGUAUAUUUCAACAGCUGGAAAAUUCCGUUAGGUCAAGUGGUACUUACAUAUAAAUAAUACUAUGUCAGUUUAUCUUGUUCCCCAGCAAUAUUCACUCAACCAAUAAGAUGGUAUGCAAUGUCGAUUGGGUGUCAAUGCCAUUGGUGCUAUGUUUCUAAGUAAGAAGAUCUCUGAUAAUUUUGCAUUUUAUUCUGCAUAAUCAAUACAUCUAACUGUGAAUUUUAUACAUUUUAUUAUGUAGCAUAUACAUGUAUUUACUUACUUUGUUCAUUCUCUGUAUUCAAAAUUAAAUUUUCAUGCUGUAAACUACUGAAAUGAUUUUAUUUUUAUGUUGUAAGGAGUAAAAUAUAUUAACUUGAAU